GUCUUUUUUUUUUUGGCAAUAUUUAUUACAUAUUAUAAUAACUAUUUUCUUUUGUAAAUAAAUCAAAACAGAAUGAGUUUGCUUCAACCUUAUAUGAAUCUUGAUGUGCUAGUUAUUACAUUAGAUGGACGAGUUUUAGUGGGCAAAUUAAGAGGCACAGAUCAAACAUCAAAUCUUAUAUUAGAACAUUGUCAGGAACGCGUAUUUUCGAGUGAAGGAACCGAAGUUGUUCCUCUUGGAUUGUUUGUAGUGCGAGGCGAUAAUUUAUGUACAAUUGGUGAAAUAGAUACUGAAAAAGAGGAAACGAUGGAUAUCACCGAAAUUAAAGCAGAUCCAUUAUCAGAAGCGCGUUUAUAAUGAUAGGGAAGAUAUAAUAUCAAUAUUAAAAUGAACCACAUAUAAAGUAUUUACAACAAAUAUAUUUAAGUAUUGAUAUUAUUAUAAUAAAUGGGCACACGCAUAUGUAUACAAGCACUCUAUUAUAUAAUUCUUCACCUUUUUACACCGCAAAGUAUUAUUAAAAGAAUAUUUUUAUGCAGCAGUUACAAUACAUUUUUUUUAUUAUACAUCAAGAUUUGUCUAUGAUGAAAAAGAUAGCAAUUUUAAAAGAUCAACAUGACGAUAAUCUGAAUGCUCAAGAUACUGUUCAAGUAUACAUUGUGCAGAUAUCAGCACUCUGUAAUACUUAUUAAUUAUACUUUCUGCUUGAACUAAAUAUAUAAAAUUAACUUAGUAAUUGCGUAUACUUUUUUUUUUUUAAAAAAAAAAAUAAUACCUGAUGAGGUUCCUGUCAAUUGC